CAUUGUGCCAUUUACCCAACUUUUUAAAACAAAAACAGCAGUGUGUUUAGUUAACUGUGGAAAUAGUUUUAAAACUAAAGUUGUUGGUUCAGUCGCGCGCGGCUGCAACUUCAGGACCACCGGCUGUCCAGUAACCUCCAGUCGACGGGAUGUCUUAAAUGACUUCUUUGAAGAGGCUGGAGUGGAAUGCACUCGACCGGGCAUAUGAACCAUGGCCUGGAAAGUGUGGUCAAAACUCUGCUGUGGUCAAAAAUGGCUACUUCUCCUCUCCCCCGUCCUCCUCCUCUUCCUCACGAUCUCUGUGAUGACGAUCACUCUCCCCCUUCCUUUGCCAUCCGCUGACAGUGACCGGCGGUGGUCCCGAGCCCUGAGCUCCGCCCGAGAGUUCAGUUCCAGGCCCAGGGUCAUGGAGCCCCCUCCGGCCGCUGCCUUUCAGCUGCCACUCACUCACAUCCACAGUGGGGCCCGGAAAUCCAGCACUCAAAAAGACAAACACUCAGUGCCACUUAAACCUUUCAGGGACGCUGCUGGCGAUGACAGAAACAGCAUCAAAGCGAGAAGUCAUGCAGACUUACGGAGAAAAACACACAAAAGCAAAGGCAUUGCCUCCAAAAGAAAAGAGAUUGCAGGCGCCAUCCAGCAUCUAACCAGUCAUCACCAUCCCCAUUUCCCAGAGUUUACAGUCAACAACACAGGGCCAAAGCAUAGAAUUAAACCAAGCAACCACAGUGCUGUGGUAAAACACAGUGCACACUCAUACAUUCAUCUUGAAAGGAGCAAAUCCACAGCAGCACACAUCCCUGCUCCAGCAGAUACCCUAAUAAGUGACAGACGAGCUGCAGACAGACAGGCAGGCAGAUUGGAGGAUAGACACACAAACAGGAAUGCAGACAAACAAAUACAUGGCAGCCAUAGAAGUGCUAAGCUAGCUGAACAUCACCAGGCUUUGGAAAAACACAGACAGCACUCUGGGAAAUCUGACAAAGUCAGUAAGGAGCAGCAGGCUAUGAAAAAGCCCUCCAGGGAUGUCAAAAAACACUAUAAUCUCUCAGAGGAUCCCUCUGAAGCGAAGAAGAAUCCUGAGUUGUUGGACCGUAGAAAAGCUUUGUCCAAACCGAAUGCAGCCUUAAAGAAUGAUGACAGCAGCUGGUGUCGGAGCUUUACAGAGCAGAACUUCCCAGACAGUGACCACAGGAGGAUCAGGAUUAGUCCAGACCUCUGGCCUCUUCCCUGGCUCAACGACGAUGACAUCCAGAAGUUGGAGCUCCUUGCUGGGGGUGAGGUGAUCAGUAAGGCCCGGGUGCCUGCACAUGGACAGGUGCUCCAAGUGGCGCUGGAUCCUCCUGCACACCAGCAGAAGCCAUCACCAGAGAGAGAUUCCCCUCAGCAUGGACCCAAAUACAGACAUCCAGAAACCCACAGUGAAAGCUGCCAGCUGGGGUACUGCUCCCUGAUCAAACGCACUGAUGACUGGUUUGAAGUGUUUGCCUUCCACCUGGACAGGGUUCUGGGACUCAACAGAAGUCUCCCUGCGGUGCUGAGGACUUUCCACAGUGAGAUUUUACCAUAUAGAUACACCAGCGGCACACCCAGACCUGUAGUUUGGUGGGAUCCAGAUAUCCAGCACCUCCCUGAUGGAGACAACGACCAGAACUCAGUACCACUCAGCUGGGUUCAGUACCAGAAACUGCUGCAGGUCCACUGUGGAAGUGAAGCAGACCUGAGGUCAGCGCCAUGUGUGGGAGUUCACCACUCAGAGUGGGGGAGACUGGCUCUCCUUGAUUUCUUAUUACAGGUAAAUGACCGUCUGGACAGGUACUGCUGUGGUUUCACACCUGAACCGACAGAACUCUGUGUGGAGAACAUGCUGCACGCAAAGUGUGGUAACACCAAGGACCUGCUGCUGGUUCACAUCCUGGUGAGGAAGGCAGAUCCCUCCAGAUUGGUGUUCAUAGACAACGCCGGCAGACCGCAGCAGUCCCAUGACAACCUCAACUUCAGGCUGGUUGAGGGCAUUGAUGAAUUUCCAGAGAGAGCAGUGUCGGUGCUCCAGUCAGGCUGUCUGGAGAGUCUUCUUCUGCACUCCCUUUACACAGACAGGGAAUUCUGGGAAAGCCAAGGCGGAGCCAGCGGCCUCAGGCCUCUCAUCCACACUGUUGAGCACAGAGGGAAGAUUCUGCUCCAGCACAUCAGGGACAAGAAACUGCAGCUCAAGAGGGACCUGUGACUGAGCUGACCGGACCACACAGAAGUAGAAAUUAAAACACAUCGUUCAGAUUGAUAAGCUGAUUGUCAAGAUGACAUUUUUUCAGUGUAAUCAAAGAGAUAUCAUUCUGCAGCACAAAUAAAUAACAAAAAAAUGCAGCAGAUCAGCUAAUGGGAACAAUGACAACCUCAUGGUCUGUGGACAAAUGUAUUACAUUUAUUAUUAUUUUACAACACAACAGUGGUGAUAUUAGAUGUUAAAGGAGACCUAUUAUGCUGCUUUUCCAGUCCUAUAUUUUUUUAAGGUCCCCCUCUCAAAGUCCACUGUCUUCUGAUUGGCCAAGACCUGAAGCAUGUUAUCAGGCUGUUGUUGUCGCUGAGCGGUACAGACAGACAUGCAAAUGACCAUAUAUGGAACACCGGCUCAGUCUAGGUCCGAAUGUCGUAGUACAGAGACGUUACUAUAAAAAGCAGUUCAAAACAGAGCGUUCAGAACAGGACGAAAUCUGAGGUUUUGGCUCAUAGGGAUUUCUUAUAAAUACUUUAACCUCAUUAUUUGAA